AUGCUGUUCUCUAAAACUCUGACUCUCGCCAUCGCUGGUGCUCAAGGCAUCCUGGCCGCGCCCGCCUUUACCAAUGGCACAGGCACAGUGGACCGGUCGAACCUGACCGUGGCUUUGGUUCGCAAGCCUCCGCCCAACUGGCCGCUUCCGCUCACCAACUACGACUACACGGGCAUCACUUUCAACAUCAGCGAGUGUGUGGAUACCGGCAUCGAGCUCAUUCGCGAGGCCAAGGCUCAAGGCGCAAAUCUCAUUGCCUUCCCGGAACUCUGGUUCCCUGGCUUUCCGAAGGGAUUGGGUAGUGAAUUCAACUUCACUCAGGAUUACCUCCCAUCCUACAUCGACAACACGAUCGUCGUCGGAGACGAACAGUGGAACCGCCUGAUUUCAGCCAUUGCAGAGGCCGGCAUCUACACCAUCCUCAACUUUGUCGAGCGUGAGGACGACUUCAUCUACAUAUCUCAAAGCUUGGUCGACGCGCGGGGAAAGAUUCUUCAUCACCGCCGCAAGUUGCGCCCCAACGGCAAUGAGCGGGACAUUUUCAGCGAUGGUACUCUCGACGGACUCAAGAUUUUGGAGACAGAGUAUGGCAGAUGGGGAAUGCUUGCAUGCUGGGAGCACUUUUGGCCGAGCAUGACGUUCAACAUGUGGGUUCAGCGCGAACAUGUCCACCUGGCGGCAUUCCCGUACCUGACCACAAACGACGACGAAACCGCCUCGGGUGCUUGGGAGAAGGAUGUGGUGAAUCAGGGAGUCACCAGCACAUACGCCAUCGUGAGCGGCGCGUACACGCUCGUCCCGUCCAUCGGUUCGAGCUUCAUCUUCGACCCGACGGGCGAGAGGGUGGCUUACAUGAGUGCCGAUGUCAGUCUCGAGGAGUUUCCCAUGCUCUACUACAGUUUCGACACCAGUCGGUUCAACAGCUCAGCCACUUACGAUGUCAAUGGCCAAACGUCUUGGGCAAUCUUGAGUCAGAUUGUUGACGGCUUUCCCGACUAUGUGCCCAAAGUUGAGGGCGAGUUUGUGAAGCAUAAGAACGUCUCUGUUGAGUUGCUUCAGACAGGAGAGUACGUCAUGCCUUCUUCUUGA